AUGCCCCUCUCAAUUUCAAGUGUCGGUGGUGUCUUGGUGUCUAUCGUGCGCAUGGGGUCAACCAAAGGCAAUUUGAAAUCUCAUCGUGAUGGCUAUACACAGAAGGAUAAGAACGACCGAGGCUGCCCCAACCGUGAAAAGGCUAAGCAGGAAGGGGUAAAGCUUCCGCCUUCAGUUGCCGAACGCCGGAAGAUGGCUAAUGGUGAUGGGAAACAGAAUUUCCUUCAAGCUCAGCCCCAAUUUGUCAAUCAAGUGUUGAAUCAGCUCAUUAUGAUCUGGCAAAUCCGUCAAGCACUUCCAUGGACACGGCAUUGA